ACCAAGAAGGUGAGGUGUUCUCUGACGGUGAGAGUACCGAUGAACAGAUCAAAUUGGGGGAUGUAUCCAGAUAUCGAGGUCAUUCCCGUCGGGUUCAUGAGCAUCCCGUUCGCGUAUCGCUCGCCUGAAGUGAUCUAAUUGAAGGCAAACAAAGCUUUGGAAAGCACUCCACUAAAUGAAGAAUCCAAAACAGCAAUUUCACAGAAGGCCGAUGUUGAAGAACGCUGGAGCCAUUUUAGUGGUUUGGCUUGUUCAAGGGCUUUUCUUGAUCUCGCCCACGAAUUCCGAGGAUCCUCGAUAUGACGUAUGUGCCAAUUUAACGACAUCGGAGGAGAGCUUGGAGUGUCGUUCCCUCCGCGACCAAUGCGUGGAAGAUUGUACUCGAGGAUUGAGUUACGGAACCGGGUUCUGCGCCUCCUUCUCCUCCCUCAUAGUACCAAUUUUGAGGGCCUAUUUUGAUUUGAACUUUGACAAAGCCAUUAUACCCACUCUCUCGGAUGGGCUGUUUUGGAGUGCGGCCUAUUAUUGUACCUCGGGCUCGAAUUACUACGCCUGCCACAAAUGCCAAGCGGGCUUUUCCUACAAGGAUAUCGUGGACUUCCAGGAGGACACGUAUCAAACGUUGAAAGCCCUUCCAGCUCAAAGCGAAGUACAUAAACUCACCCGGCAACUCACGGAGAACAUGGAGGCUACGCGGAGGUCCAAAGAAGUGGAUCUCAGGUUUGGCCAGACCUUAGAGGAUUUUGACAACCUGGAGUUCAAGUUCAAUCUGAUCACGUUGAACUCGAACAACACGGUGAAGCAGGAUUUCGCCUUCCACCACUUCCUACAAUCGGCUCAAUUCCCCGGGAAAGAGAGUCUGGAGGGGAUUUAUUUUCGCAUUCGGAAAAUGUUGAUGGAUCAUUCGCAUUUGGGCUUGCCUUGGCAUGUGCGGAAACAUCGAACGGUGUUCUCUCUGGAUAAGGAAUCCUACUGUCAACCCGAGAUCUUAAGUUACUUUCAGAUGUUAUUGCUCAAGGUUCGCGAGAUGAUGUUCUUCAUGUUGACGAACGAUUUUUCCGAUGAAUUUCGAGAAGAGCGCCUCGAGAAAUUCAAAGCCCAGAGUGAAGCGGAUCAGGAUGAGUUUGACGAGCAAAUCGACAUGAUUUGUAACAAAUGAGAACAAUCAUUCACACCCUUUCGUUUUAUGUACCCAUUUCGUGGUACAUACUUGUUGAUCCAUCUAAAUGGCCAAUGUGCUCUUCAGCGCCAUAUCAGAAUAAAAGUCCAUGAUUA